CUAGACACUUUUGCUGUACCCCAUUGCCCGAAAGGCUUCACUGGUUUUUUGGCAAUGUCUGAGAACCUGGUAGAACAGUCGCGUAGCAUCAAUGGCUAGGCUUGCAUAUGGGGCAAGUCCAUUGGAUGUCCUUCAUCUACGAGAUCUUGAGGUUCACUGGUCGCAAAAGAGGCACACUCGCUACCGGUAGAUCUUUGUACUUCUCUUAUCCGCCCGAGUACAGGCUCCGUCCAAUUCGGAUGCAUCCUCUUAUGCACAUAAAUCAGAAUCAGCCGCCGGCAUUCCACAUCUCGCGUCGCAAAGUUAAUUGCCAUCGUUGACGACACUCCGAUUGUACCCGAGAGCGAGCUUCACACUCAGAAGCUGGACUAUGACGAUCCCAAUUGAAGCAGUGCUCAUGCGCAAGCUCUCCAUGAAUUAUGUCACUGCACGCAACUUGGCAGCCGAUGGGCGGAUUGUCCUAGGCAUGAAUAAGAACGAACGGUGGACUCCCAAACUGAUGGAGACAUGUCUAUCCCUGUUUGAGUCCACGCUUGGGAAACACCACCGUCAACAAAGCACAAUAUUCGAGUUGAUGAAAACUCCCAAAGGCAAUUCCGUGGACGAAAAGAUAUCACACGAUUCUCAAUCAGUGAGAAUGAGUAAGCUAUCUACAGAUGAGUGUGCCCCCUGCACACCGCAAUUAAGCGAACAAGGCAGAGCGAAGUACACGGACCUCUCGUUUUCGUCUGACACCACUCACGAAACAUCCUCUUCAUCGUCGUCCGAGGAAGAAGAGAGUCGCUCCGUCGAUUCGGCUUUGCAAAGCCUUCUUGCUCAUCAAAAACGCCAUGGCAGAGAACCGAGGAGCCAAGCCAUUACCUGUCGAGAAUCUCCGGCAGUAAUUUUCGAAGAUGAAGUCGAUGACGACGAAAAAGCUGUUGCUAGCCCCGUGAUCAAAGUACAGCAAUGCGUUAACAGAAAAAGCUAUUACGCAGUGCGCGACGAUAGUCUGAGGAAGAUUGCUGGUAUCACUGCAAAGAUAGUACUCAGUCAGACGUCCUCGUGGUCAACGAAAAAGCUGGUGAACGCUCAACAUUUUGGGCCAGCAAGUCUUGUCUACCAUGUCCCAAGAGCUUUAAGCUGUAGUAGCAAUAGUAGCACAGAAAGCGGCACCGAAACGGAACGAAACGAGGAAGUGGCAACUGGAGGAGCAUUCGCAGCGAUGAGGUAUCCGAGACGAAAAGUUCGAAAAUUCAGGCUUGUAGAUCUGCUGCGUAUGCUGCUCAACUUGGUUCGUGGUAAGAACCGAAGCGUUUCAAACCAUUAUUGCCAACGAAGGCCUGAUUCCUCCGGCAGAACGGCACAACAGCAAAUCAAAAUUUCGCAGUCUGUGUUUGAAGUGGAGCGUGUAGUUGUCUAGGCUGCAAGGAUCAAUAUGCCAUUCCGCCCUCUUCUAUUUUUGACAGCUAUGGACUUCCAUGAAAUUACGAAAUGUUCGGCAUCUCUCGGUCAAUCUUGCUUCGGGUUUAUCUGCCAAUAUCUGUGUCCAUCCACCUGGUACCAAUGAUUGAUGAAAUUGAAAAACUGAAACGUCUGAUUGCUAUGGAAGAUACCUAGACAAUUGUAUUUUUUCUUAUCAAUUUAAAUAUAGUUACACUCAUAGUU